AUGCACAUCUCAACGAGCGAGGGACCACAGCAAGGCGCCACGCCGAUGCCGAAACUCCUCCCAAAGCCCAGCAUGACUCCUGUCGAAGACCCGUCCCUCGAAUCCCACAUCAAAAACCUCGUCCUCACCAUGAUCAACGCCAUGAACACCCGCGACUUCAACCCCUCCUCCCCAGCCUGGAAACCCACGACUCCGGACUUCGUCUCCGAACCCUCCUUCCACAUGAACUACCUAGCCGUCAGCCUGCACGACUUCCUCCGCCUCUUCGACGAACAAACCCGGGACCACCCGGAGUAUUUCUGCGAGGUCAAGGAGGUCAAUGUGCAUGUGAACUCGAAGCGGGAUCAUGCGGUUUGUUUUACGGAGGUCGAGACGAAUGGGCUGCCGAUUGGGAUUGUGAGGAGUAGUGUGGGAAUCGUGGAGUUUGUGCGUGUUGGGGAGGGGGAGGGCUGGAAGUGUAAGAAGUAUCGGUGUAUGCCGGGGAUGGAGGUUUUGGGGGUUCCGGAUGAGGGGAAGGGGAGGAAGGGCGGUGGGUGA